AGGAGAGGCAGCUGGGACGGAGGCAGAGCAGACAGGCAGCGGCGCGUCCUGACAUUUAGUGAGAAAUAUUUCGGAUCAUGCAGACUUCCAAGAGGAGCGAGAGUGACUGGCAGGGGCUUGUCAGCGAGUUCCUGGUGUGUAAACGCAAGCUGGAGAGUAAGAAAGAGGCCCUGCUCAUUCUGUCCAAGGAGCUGGACACCUGUCAGCAGGAAAGAGACCAGUACAAGCUGAUGGCCAACCAGCUGAGGGAGCGCCACCAGGGACUCAAGAAAAAGUACAGGGAACUAAUUGAUGGUGAUCCCUCUUUGCCACCAGAAAAACGCAAUCAAGUGAACCUGGCUCAGCUGUUGAGAGACUCGAGGGAACGAGUGAAGCAGCUUGCCGAGGAGGUGAAGGAGCUGACUCAGAGACUUACAGAGGCCCAGGGGGAUAACAAGCUCCUCAGAAUGACCAUUACUCGCCAGAGGCUGGGGGAUGAGGAAGUGGGGGCACGCCAUUUCCCCGCCCAUGAACGUGAGGAUCUAGUUCACCAGCUGGAGAGAGCAGGGCUACAGAUAGAGGAGAUGGAGCACAACAUGAAGGCUCUGACAGACGAGUUGCAGGAUGUGAAGUCGGAGCGUGGUGUGUUCAGGGAGAAGGCCUACCGCCUCAACGUGGAGCUCAACCACAUCUUGGGCAACCGUGAGGCACGCAUCAUUGAUGUGGAUGCCCUCUGCAUGGAGAACAGGUAUUUGCAUGAGCGUUUCAGCCAACUACAAGAGGAGGUGAACCUGCUGAAAUCCAACAUCAUGAAAUACAAGACAGCUCUUGAGAGGCGGAAAAACUCCAGCACAUAUGGGAAAUCAAACAGCAGUCCCCUCACUGGAGUCCUCUCAGCCAAACAAGUCCAGGAGAUGCUUUUGGAGGAGCAGGGCUGCAGUCUGCCAGCCACACCUCAGUCCAUCUCGGACCUCAAGUCCCUGGCUACAGCUCUCCUAGAGACCAUCCACGAGAAGAACCUGGUCAUCCAGCACCAGAGACACACCAACAGGAUCCUUGGGAACAGAGUGGCAGAUUUGGAAAAGAAGCUGAAGACGUUGGAGGUUUCAGGACUGUGGAGUCUUCCAGGCUUGACCUACCGCAUAUCCGUGGGAAUUGGGAGGACACGAGACAAUAGUGCAGUGAAUGAAAAACUUCAACCGGAGCUUCAUCCAACACGUGCCGCAUCACAGCCAAUCAUGCAGGCCGGGGUGCAGCCACACAAAGUUGUGUCAGACGACAGAAGUUCACAUGAAUCAUCGUGGGAACGCCACACCGCUGGCAGCGACCUUGGCACAGAUGGCGUCAGCAGGGAAGACGCACCUGCACUGCUCAACAACCUGGAGCCUCUAGUGGGGGCAGAGACGAAUGGGAUUGACGGGGUAGGGGGAGAAAUCGUGACCCUGACGGAAGACAGUGCCGCCUUAGAGCUGGAAGAGGGACGGAGUCCGGUGGAAGAGGCUGGGCAUGAGGUAGAGGGAGUCGAGGAUGAAGAACUAGGUUCCACGGUGGAGGAAGGAGAGGAGGCAGCUCUGGCGUUGGGAGUCACGCCCACAGAAUCAGACCUUCCAUGGCUUCCAAUUAUACAAGCCUCUGUGGAUCAUGCAGAGGUGGGUCAGCAGUCCUGCGAAUCUCAGGACGAUGUGUCAAAUUGUGUACCCGAACAUGGAGAAGCCUCAGUAUCAAUUCCAGAGAACCAGAAUUCACAGGAGUCAAAUACAGGGGACUGGGACGUUGUGGAUCUGCGCAGUGACGCUUGUCAUAGUGACAACUUAGCAUGAUCAGAUGUUAGCCAAAGAUUUAUUUAAAUCAUUCUUAUUGGUAAUUGCAUUAAUCAGCCCUAGUUGCAUUCACACAGCUUGGCCACUGCUCACUCACACCCUUCUCUAGCAGCUCUGUUUUAGUCAAUGAAACGGAGAGAAAACAACUUUUCAGCCAUUGCUGACGGAGCCGGAGGUGCACUUUCUAUCUCGACAGGCUUGUUGCUGCAAAGGAACAGGCAAUCUUGAAAUCGAUGGAGUUGCAAACUUCAUGCCCUACAGGGAGAGUUUAGCUAGGAAAAUAACAAAUAUGGCAGCCUCAACUCCUGCGCCCCAUAUUCCCUUCUUCCUUUCCCCUGCGAUAAGAUAAUCCCAAUUGUUUGCUUUCUUCUUCUUCCUAAGGGAUACCAGUAUACAGAGUGCUGCAUUUUGUUGUUACUCUCACAGGGGCUCCUAACUGGCUGAACUUGUAAUGAAUGUGUUGUACAUAUGUGUAAAUGAAUAAUCUUAAUAUUUUAGAUUCUAUUGAUGUAUGUUCAUCUGAAUGGGUGAAUCUUACUAAUCGGUGAGUUUUAAUUUUUCCUUAUUUCUAUUUAUUUAGAAGUUAACAUUUGGAUGAGAUGACAUGUGCCUUAUGUGUGGAAAUAUAUACUGAUAUUUAUUAAUAUAAAUGCAUAAAUCAGC